AUGUAUGUGGCUGGUGUAUCCAUCGACUACAAGCACCUUGGUCUUAGAAGGAUGCACUUACUUUUUGAAACCGUAUAUUAUUCAAACGAGCAAACAUAUAAUGCGAAGUGGGAUGACUACCUUGGAGCCAAGUCCUUUGAUGAGCGACUGUGGCUUGUGCAUGAUGAUUAG